AUGUACGGUACGAAGUACGGUCGCGGCCGCGCAGCGUCUCCAGAAGCAGAGGAGACUCCAGCGGCCGGGUCCUCAGGACCAGUAGGAGCUCCAGCGUCCGGGUCCACAGCACCAGCAGCAGCUCCACCGACCGGGUCCUCAGCACCAGUAGUAGCUCCAACGCCCGGGUCCUCAGCAGCAGCAGCAGCGCCACCGCUCGGGUCCUCAGCUCCAGCAGCAGCUCCACCGUCCGAGUCCUCAGCACCAGCAGCAGCUCCACCGUCCGGGUCCGCAGCACCAGCAGCAGCGCCACCGCCCGGGUCCUCAGCUCCAGCAGCAGCUCCAACGUCCGAGUCCGCAGCACCAGCAGCAGCUCCACCAGGCGGGUCCGCAGCACCAGCAGCAGCUCCAACGUCCGGGUCCUCAGCACCAGCAGCAGCGCCACCCCCAGGGUCCGCAGCACCAGGAGCACCACUCCGAAGACUGCAGCGCCGUGUGUACCACUCGCGGAUCUGCUGA